AUGUGCAUCGGCCGGUUGCUGCUCGCUUCAUUGUUUCUGUUCAUCGCAUUCCCUCAGUGUCAGUACUCGCUUAAAGCGUUCCUUUUCCUCCUUGUCCUGUGGCUUUACCAAAACCGAAAGACGUGCCGCAUUAUCUGGGAAACUUUACCGAGGGACAUUAAAAUUGCCCGCAGUGGCCAGUACGUAGCACGAGAGUCGGCGACAUUCUUGCUCUAUUACUUAUGUCUUACGAUAUUUUCUGAACGCGGCGGUCCGUUUAGGGGCAUCGCUCUGCUGACCGAUAUUCAAUUGCGGCUGAAGAUCCACCAGUUCAAGAACAGCACGUUGUCGUCGUUCUUCGACUCGGUCGCCAAGCGUCGUCCAGACCAUGUGGCGUUGGUUGAUAUUGCCAGCGGUCGCGAACUGACGUUUGCCGAAACGGCGCAGUUCGCCAACGCAGUCGCCAACUACUUUUACGAGCAGGGCUUCAGAAAGGGCGACGUGGUCGGUCUGUUUUGCCAGAACUGUCCUGAAUACGCCAUGCUGUCCCUCGGCCUGUCGAAAAUCGGCGUCAUCACGGCGAUGAUCAACUCCAACCUGCGCCUGGACACGCUGGCUUUCUCCCUGCAUACCGCCACAUGCACGGCUGUGAUUGUCGGCGAAAAUCUCAUUCCUGCCUUCUGUGACGUAUUUUCCAGCGGCCGUAUCCAAAGCCCCAUGAAAAUUUACGUGUACGGCAAAGGCCCUAAUGAACUGCCACACGUAAAUUUGAUGGAAGCGCUAAAGAGCGCAUCUCGCGAAAAGCCCCCGCCAGUUAGUAUGGAUUUUUCAAGUAGAUACUUCAUUUUUGAGGUUCUUACUUAUCACAUUACUAGUUUAGGCACACUUUUUUACAUAUUCACCUCAGGAACCACCGGAAUGCCUAAAGCUGCCAAGAUUACGCAUGCGAGGUACUUCAUGAUGGCGUACGGCUGUCAUCGUGCGUACGGCAUCACUGAACAGGAUCGGUUGUACAUCACUAUGCCGAUGUAUCACACAGCUGCCGGCGUUGUGGGUAUUGGCCAGACGUUUCUUUGUGGCAGUACCUGCGUCAUUAGGCACAAGUUUUCGGCCAGUCAGUUCUGGGCUGACUGUGUGAAGUACCGAUGCACGGUUUCGCAGUACAUCGGUGAAAUUUGCAGAUACCUGCUGAUGCAGCCGCCGUCUGUCGCCGAGAGUCAGCAUCAGGUGCGCUUGAUGUUUGGCAACGGCAUGCGACCGCAGAUCUGGAAGGAAUUUGUCAGACGCUUUAAGGUGGCGCAGAUCGGCGAGUUCUACGGUUCGACCGAAGGCAACACCAGUUUAGGUAAUAUAACGGCAGCUGAUCGUGCAAGUGAUGCUCGAGUGCUUCGAAAGCCCAAGUAA